UGCGAGAAGAGCCGUUUCUCAACUACACUUUGUUGUUCCAGUUUAUCACAGUGACAGCAGCCAACUUGUACGACUCUGUGUUAUUGUACGCGAGGGCACUGGACAAACUGUUGUGAGAAGAGCCGUUUCUCAACUACACUUUGUUGUUCCAGUUUAUCACAGUGACAGCAGCCAACUUGUACGACUCUGUGUUAUUGUACGCGAGGGCACUGGACAAACUGUUGCGAGAAGAGCCGUUUCUCAACCACACUAUCAUCCAAAGUGUUGCCAGCAACGGCACUAGGAUAAUCGAGACCAUAAUUAAGAACCGAACAUACACAAGUGUAACAGGUGCUACGAUAAAACUCGACAGCAAUGGGGACUCUGAGGGCAACUUCUCCGUGGUUGCUGUGAUGAAGAAAGACUUCUCAUUGCAGUUCGGAGACCACAACUUCACCUGCGACUACUACAUGGUGCCGGUCGGGCAGUUCCAGCAGGGCGAUAAACUUCCAGAGUACAAGCUCAAUUCGCCCAGCUCGCAGCCGUUGUGGGUGAGUGGCCACAAGCCAGACGAUGAGCCAAGUUGUGGUUUCAAGAACGAGCUGUGUGGCAAAGACGAUUCACAGGGCAGUAUCAUAGUGGCGGGGGUGCUGGGGCUGGUGUUGUUCUGCUCCUCGGUCCUCACACUCAGCAUCUACCGCAAGUGGAAGAUCGAGCAGGAGAUCGAGGGCUUGCUCUGGAAGGUCGACCCGGCAGAACUGCUUGGCUACAAUGGCAAUGAAAUCAUUCCCUCGCCCAGUAAGACAUCGCUGGUGAGUGCCACGUCGCUAGAGUCGCGGUGUGGAGGCCAAGUAUUCGCUGCGACCAGCCAGUACCGUGGGGUAGUCGUCAGGAUCAAAGAGCUCAAGUUCUCCAAGAAGAAGGACGUGACACGAGACACGAUGAAGGAGAUGAGGAGGCUACGCGAAAUCAGGCACGAUAACAUCAACUCCUUCGUCGGCGCUUUAGUCGAACCCAUGAGGAUACUUAUCAUCACCGACUACUGCGCUAAGGGUAGUCUCUACGAUAUUGUGGAAAACGAAGACCUUAAACUGGAUAAAAUGUUUAUUGCUUCACUAGUCAAUGAUCUCAUUAAGGGUAUGUUAUAUCUCCAUUUGUCUGCGGCAAUAUGUCACGGAAACCUCAAGUCCUCCAACUGUGUUGUGACAAGUCGCUGGGUGCUGCAGGUCACAGACUUUGGCCUCCAUGAGCUGCGUCAGUGUGCGGAGACCGGCAGUAUCGGGGAGCACCAGUAUUACCACAGUAAGUCAGUACAACCUCGGUAGAUCAGUAUUACUGUA